CACACAAGCAUCACUCAGUGGGUUCCAGUAUGCAGCCGAUUGGUACCUGUGUCUCCUACCCAAGGACAGCGGGGCAGGAUACUGUCUGGCACUUCCAAGUGGCCCCAGAUGAGCCAGUCCCUAGCAUGGGGAUCACAGCAGAUUCCUGGAAUAGACAUACAGCUGAGUAGAAAAUAUCACACCACAAACAAGCUUCUUAUUACUAGGGAUUCCCCACAGCCUGUUGAGGAGAAGGUUGGUAUCCUCACGAAGAUCGUUGAAGCCCUGGGAUUCACUGGACCUUUGAAAUACAGGUGUCAGAUUCCUGAUACAUUCAAUUCAUGGUUUCUUAUAACCCUUCUUCAUGUCUGGAUGUGUCUAGUCCGAAUGAAGCAGGAAGGCCGGAGUGGGAAAUACAUGUGUCGUAUCAUAGUUCAUUUUAUGUGGGAGGAUGUUGAGCAGCGUGGCAAAGUCAUGGGGGUUAAUCCCUAUAUCCUGAAGAAGAACAUGGUCCUCAUGACCAAUAGCUUCUAUGCUGCAAUCUUGGGAUAUGAUGAGGGCCUCCUUUCAGAUGAUCGUGGACUAGCUGCUGCUCUAUGGAGAACUUUCUUCAACCAGAAAUGUGAAGACCCUCGACAGCUUGAAUUGCUGGUGGAAUAUGUGAGGAAACAGAUUCAGUACUUGGACUCCAUGAGUGGUGAGGAUCUGCUUCUGACAGGGGAGGUGAGCUGGCGCCCUCUAGUGGAGAAGAAUCCUCAGAGCGUCCUGAAGCCCCAUUCCCCAGUUUAUAACGACGAGGGUCUUUGAUGGCUGGUCCCUCCAAACAGCUGGCCAACUUGCUUGAGGAACCACCAAGAGGGAAAUGCCUGUUUUGCCCAGGACCCAGCAGAAAAUAGCCUGAACUGACCUUUGAACAGCAUCUUCAACUACCUGGCCCCAUUGUGUUGAUUUUCCUUAGUGUGUCCAGGAGUCUGAUCUGAUGGGGUACAGUGCUGAGAGAAUCUCUUGCUCCUCUGGGGCAUCCUCUCCAUUACAGAAGCACUGAGCAAAAGCUCUCCAGCACACGCUCUCGAAGGCCCCUCUAGCAACUCUGUGUGAUUGACAGCUUCUCCCAAAAUCCUGGGAAAGGAUGGGGGUAGGUAAGAAAAGGGAGAUCCCCACCAAGGGCCUCUUGUGGCCUAGGGGAAGUUUGUGAUACUGCUGAGUCAAAACGGGUAACCACACUUCUGUCCCCUGGGUUGAGCCAUGAGGGGGAGUUGACCAUUAAAAGAAACAGAGACUUGUCUCUGC